GCCCCCACCCGUGCAGGUUCCGCCUGGGCCAAGAUUUCGCGAGCGUUGAGGCUCCGGGCCGGCCCGGGAGGCUGCACCAUGGCGGAGGCGGAAGGGGAGAGCCUGGAGUCCUGGCUGAAUAAAGCCACCAACCCUUCCAACCGUCAGGAGGACUGGGAGUACAUAAUUGGCUUCUGCGACCAGAUCAACAAAGAGCUUGAAGGGCCCCAGAUCGCCGUGCGGCUGCUGGCUCACAAGAUCCAGUCUCCUCAGGAAUGGGAGGCAGUGCAAGCGCUCACGGUGCUGGAGGCCUGCAUGAAGAACUGUGGGAGGAGGUUUCACAAUGAAGUAGGCAAGUUCCGCUUCCUGAACGAGCUCAUCAAAGUCGUCUCCCCGAAGUACCUGGGGGACAGAGUGUCUGAGAGAGUGAGGACCAAGGUCAUCGAGCUGCUUUUCAGCUGGACAUUGGCCCUGCCCGAGGAAUCCAAGAUCAAGGACGCGUAUCACAUGCUGAAGAGACAGGGCAUCGUGCAGUAUGACCCCCCAAUCCCCAUGGAUCGCACGCUGAUCCCCUCCCCACCACCACGUCCCAAAAAUCCUGUGUUUGAUGACGAGGAGAAAUCCAAGCUCUUAGCCAAGUUGUUGAAAAGCAGAAACCCUGACGACCUGCAGGAGGCCAACAAGCUCAUCAAGUCCAUGGUGAAGGAAGACGAGGCCCGGAUCCAGAAGGUGACUCGGCGCAUGCACACGCUUGAGGAGGUGAACAACAAUGCCAAGUUGCUGCAUGAGAUGCUGCUGCACUGCAGCCGAGAGGCAGCGUCCGAGGCUGACAAGGAGCUCAUGAAGGAACUGUUCGAUCGCUGCGAGAACAAGAGGCGGACGCUGUUCAAGCUGGCCAGUGAGACGGAGGACAAUGACAACAGUCUGGGGGCCAUCCUGCAGGCCAGUGACAACUUAUCCCGCGUCAUCAACACCUACAAGGCCGUGGUGGAGGGACAGGCCAACGGGGAGGUGCCCGACUUGGAAGGAAAUCAUUGCUGCGGCAACCAGGGGACGCUCAUCGACCUUGCGGACACCGCUGACAACCCUGAGAGCCCCUCCCCAGCCCCUACGGCGUCACCCCCCUCGGGCAUCCCCAUUCUCCCGCCGCCCCCACAGCCCUCGGUGCCUGCACGCAACUGCCCGUCUAGCCAGGCUGAGCCCCCCUCGGAGGCCCCCAGCACCAGCCUCUCCCUGCUGGAUGAAGAGCUACUCUGUCUGGGUCUCACUGACCCAGCUCCCCCCUGUGCCCCGCCAAGAGAGCCAACAGCCAACAACAGCCAGUGGCCCCUCUUUGAGAGCAAACAGCUAGAGCUGGACUUACUCAGCCCCGCACCUGCUUCUCAUAGCCCCCCAGUGCCUGCCUCGGCUGCCCUGCGCCCCACACUCGCCAGCGGCCCCCUGUUGGUGGCUGAGUGCCAGGGCCCCGGGCAGGCCUGCUCUGCUCUGGGCAGUGGCACUGGCACGGUGCAGCAGCCUGAAGCCCUCGGCCACUUGGAUCCGGCCAGAGCAUCCUCCAGCUUGGUGAAACCUGCCUCGUCCAGCUUCUUCCCUGGGGCCCCCGCAAUGGGGCCUCUGCUCCCCUUUUCUGCAGGUCCUGGCAGUCCUCUCUUCCAGCCCGAGGGGAGCCCCAUCAAGGGCCCUGAGCUCUCCCUGGCCAGCGUCCACGUCCCCCUGGAAUCCAUCAAACCUAGCAGCGCGCUGCCUGUGACAGCCUACGACAAGAACGGCUUCCGCAUCCUCUUCCAUUUCGCCAAGGAGAGUCCACCGGGGCGGCCUGACGUGCUGGUGGUGGUGGUGUCCAUGCUCAACACAGCCCCGCUGCCCAUCCGGGGCAUCGUGCUGCAGGCUGCAGUGCCCAAGUCCAUGAAGGUGAAGCUGCAGCCGCCUUCAGGGACUGAGCUCUCCCCGUUCAGCCCCAUGCAGCCCCCUGCCGCCAUCACACAGGUCAUGCUGCUGGCCAACCCUAUGAAGGAAAAAGCCCGGCUGCGCUACAGGCUUACCUUCACCCUGGGGGAGCAGCUGAGCACCGAAGUGGGCGAGGUGGACCAGUUCCCGCCGGUAGAGCAGUGGGGGAGCCUCUGAGCCCAGCUGUGGCCUGGUCCAGGCUCUGGGGGCCAUGGCAGCUGCUAUGAGCAUGUCUCUGGUGCCCCCAAAGGGCCCGAUCUUACCUGCCUGUGUGACUUGAAGUGGCCGUGUACCGUUAGGGGGAGGGCGCGGCCCUGAACCCGGCUCUCCAUCCUGGGCCUGUGGCCUCAAGGCUGGAGCCACCCUGCUGGGACCGGAGGUCGGAGAGGCUGGGGGUCCCCCAGAGGCCCAAUCGCUGCUGUGCUCCCCCUCCCCGCUGGGAGGUGGGUAAAGCCCCAGGAAGGCACUGCCCCUUGCACUGUCACGGACAGGAUGUGUCCUGUGGACAUGGUGGGAUGUGGAAUCCGGCUGGCUACGGACAGAACUGGGCCUCAUGGCAUCGGAGAAGGCAGGGCUGAGGUCCCUUUCUCCAGGAGCUGGCACUCAGGGGGCUGUGCCUCCUACCGUGGGGUCAGGUCGCCCCACUGACUACCUCGCUUGGCAUGAGAAACACUCCCACUCUAGAUGGCGUAUGGGCCGGCACCUGUGCUGGGAACAGGGUUGGCUUGGGCACUGGGCUGUUUUUUCCCGAGACUCUGAGCACUGUCAGUGAGAUGUUGGGUCUGGAGGUGGUGAGAUUAGGGGAGUCGAGUCACCAGACCCUAUUGCUGCUAGGUCUCAGUGGCGGGCUGCUUCUUCCGCCCACUAGAGGGCGCUGUGGGGACAGACAAGGCCACCUCCUUGUGGGUGCCAUGGGCAGG